AUGGCGUAUGUGGCCUUGAGUAAUAAACCUCACCUGUGGGGGGAGGUGGGCGAGGAAGCCUGCAGCUCCUUGAACCCACCAAUUUUCUCUCCCAGGCCCUUGCCCAGGCUGUGGCCUCUGCCUGGAACCCCUUUUCUUCCCACGCGAGCCCUUCCCUUCAGUGCCUCUUCCUCUGGGAAGUCCUCUCUGGUGCCCAGCCCGUUCUCUUCUGCCCACUCUGGGUUUCACACCCCAUGCUCAGGCCCUGAUUGCCUGCUUUGCACACAGGGCUGUGAGCUCCAUGAGGGCAGGAACCACAUGGCUGUUCACAGCUGUGUUGCCAGGGCCUGGCCUGGAGCCCCUCAGGAAGUGAGACAUCUGAAUCCUCUGCUCUGUGACCCUGGCAGCCUGGUAGAGCCACCUUUGCCAUGGCACCCAGGCUUGGAGCAAGCAGCAGCCUCAUGGGUGGGGAACCAAGUUUCCCCAGCACAUCAGCAGACCCUAAGGGGACAUGCGCUUGGCUCUGCCCUCAGAGCACUGAUGCCCGGGGGACACUGCCCUUUGUGUGUGCCACCUAAGAGAGGAUGCAACCUUAGAGGGGGCAGGGGUAAGCAUGGUCCCAGGCCCUGUUGUACCCUCCUAAGAAAGUUCCUAGUUCUGCCUGUCCAGCCCUGGUCUUUUCCCUGUGCUGUCUGGGACAGUGGAUGGAGCUGCCGCUGA